AUGGUGAGACGCUGCACCGGUCAGAACAGCCCUACCCAGUGUGCUGCCUGCACCAGCGGCUACUACUCAGACAGCUACAACUUCGACAGAAGCUGCAAACCCUGCGACGGCUGCAGCAUGAGUGAGCUGCAGUAUGUAUCUCGCUGUUCCACCAAGCAGAAUGAUGUGUGCAGCUGUAAACCAGGCUACCGCUGCAGAGGCAGUGGCACCUGUCUGGACUGUGAGGAGAUCCCCAGCCCGAACACACCCAAACUCAUACCGACACCUCCCAUCAUGCCAGCUACAGUGUCAAACCACUCGGUGCCUGGUAUCUCUAAUCAUAGACCUAAACCUGUCACCAAACCUGCUACUGGGCCCAACACAAAACCAAACCAAGAUGAUAGCAAGUGGCUCCCGGUGUGUGUGUCUGCAGUGUGUGUGUGUCUACUGCUCACCUGCCUUGUUGCCAUCUCAAAGCUCAAACCUGUUCUGCGAUGGAUUGGUUCAACAAACAGCUUCUGGUCUCCCAAAAAGACAACUCCAGCCAAUCAGAGCACAGUGGAGGAGGAAGUGCCCAUGCCGGUCCAGGAAGUGUGUGGAAAGCCAGAGCUGCUACUGGACGUAUGAUGGAGGAAGUCAGUGUCAAAGGAGAGGAUGAGAACUCACAAUGGGACAGCGAGCUGGGAGACAGACUACCUCACAUUCCCAUUGAAGUUAAACUAACCUGAAGGCUAGACAGGCUGCUGUAUUGUUUUAAUGCAGUGGCUUCCGUAUCUAGGACUUUCAGAAAGGACAAGAAAAUAGGACAAAAAGACACUUUGAAGUAUGAAGACAUAGGUUAAAGAUGAGAGGGAGUGGGAGUCUGUGACCGAGAAAGAGCGGAGAGUAACUGGAAGAGUGUGAACGAGACAGACAGACACACAAUCAUUUGUGUGCUGAAUACAUGUACUGUACAUGUUUAUGUUGAAGAUGUUUUACACCUUCAUUACAAUUAUGCUUUUUGCUGUAUCUAUGCUUUAUGCUAGUGUUAACUCUUACAUAGAGUG